AUGUCCCGAAAGCCCAGCCGUGAAAAAGACGUACACAAAAAUUUCAACUAUGAAGUGCAAGUUUUCCACCGCAGUGCCCGCGACUACAUUGUGGAUACACGGCUCGUACGCCUGACUUUGAUGUCUCCUCCAGGAUACUUCGAUCGUUACUUGCAGAACUCAAAUUCGCGGUACCAACACUCCACAAUAUCAAGCCGAGAGUAUGUCGUGUUGUGUGCUGCUCGUGACCAUCGCGGAUACGACGUGCCGUCGGGUGUCUUGAAGGACGCUAGCUACAUUGUCCAGUAA